AUCUACAAUCUGUGGAUGUCACAGCAAACGAUCAAGAUUUAUUCCGUGAAAAACAACUCAAGCAGAAGCGACCCUGAAGUCACAGUAAUCAACAAGUUUGGACAUGCACCGGUGACAUUAGAUGUGUGGGAACCUGUUAUCCUGUGACAUCGUCAAGCCACUUGGGAGUUCACAUCACUGGACAAUACAUGUUAUUCUGACAAGAGUCUUCCAUUCAUACUCGCAUCACUAAUAUCCAAACUUUCCUAAAUAUAACUUACGCUUAUGUUUCUUCCAGGGGCUGCAUCUGACCAGGAACAAUUGAUGGAAGCAUGUGAUGGGGGAGAGGUGGGAGAAGAAGAUUCGGACUUGACUCAGGUGGAUGAAAUCCCGGAGGAGCAUGAGGACGGCGGUCGUCAAAAUGUGGUCGCUGAAAAUCAGCCCGUUGUAACCGCACCAAAAACCACGGCACAGAUGUCGCCUGCAUCUCGGCUAGAAAAGGCUAGAACCCGAAGCAGACGUGUGGCCUUGCUUAGCACCGUGGCAGAAAAGAUGUUGUCUCAGGCAGAGAGAGAGGAGAACAACAAUGCCAAGGAAAGAAAACAGACAUUGACGGAGAGCCGAGAGUGGCGCAUGCAAUUUCUGGAAGCGGAGCAGAGAAGGCAUGAGGACACUAUGAGGGAGGCACAAGAAGACAGAAAGGCUUUCAUUGAGGCGCAGCAGCAGAACUUUGAGGGCAUCAACAGAGCGGUCAGUGCCUUAAGCUCCCUAACCGAAAUUUUGCUGGGGGAAAACGUGAGCAGAGCCACCAAGCCAUGCCAGGACCAUCAUGUGGAAGGGGAAGUGUGCAUAGAUCUUCACAGGAGAACCCACCCAGAAAGAGGUGCCGUGUGAUUAAACCCAGCAAGAAAUUUGAUUUGUGAAAAACCUUUGAAAUGUGAAAUAUUACUCCUUUCUGGGGAAGUUGAGCAGGGCAUGGGCCACGGCCAAAUUCAUUUCCCCUUUCCCUUUUUUCACUCUCCCACAAACCCGCUGAGAGUGUGGAAUUGCCUGGAUCAACCCAUCACAGCCCCAGGGACACAAAAUUGGAGGAGGGAAGAGGAGGAGAGGCAGGGGGAAAGAACAACUCAAUUGCAUUGAGUCAUCAGAAAAGGGAGAUUGUUUGGUCCCGGUCACUUCAUGUGAAAGUUGACUUCGGCAAUAAAUAAACAUUUCAGAUAGGUUUCACAGUUUGAUUGUGGAUAGGUAUUAUUUGGUCUGAGAAAUUUUAAAACAUGACUACCAUAUUUAUUGUGUGUGUUUUUUGAAAAUUUUUUAAUGUUAACUGCUAUAACAUAACCAAACUAUUUAUUGUUUGUGCCGUUUAAAACUUUUUACUGUUAAUCAUUAAAACAUGAUCACUGUU